AUGGCGAUUGAAGAACCUCCGUCAUCACCGCCCAACCCGUCGACCAACACCGCCGACGCCAUCGCCUACUACAAGUUGCAAUAUGAGGCACUAGAAGCCGAGCUCGCAGACUUUCAGACGUCAAGUCGCGAGCUAGAAACCGAACUAGAGAAGGACAUCGAGGCGUCGGAGAAGAGGGAGCGGAAGCUGAAGGAGAAGGUCGAGAGCUUGGGUUACGAGGUCGAGGAAUGGAAGACCAAGUAUAAACAAGCCAAAGCGGAGGCGAACUCAGUGCAGAAUACCCUACAGAAGGAGAUCACGACGCUGCGAGACUCAAACCGGACACUACAGUUAAAGCUUCGCGAUAUAGAAGUGGCCAAUGAUGAUUUUGAGAGACAAGCUCGCAACACGACCUCUUCGCUGGAGGAUGUAGAGUCGAAAUACAACGUCUCUAUCGAGCGCGGGGUGCUGCUCGAGGAAGAGAUCAAGAACGGCGAACAGGAGCGAGAGGCACUGCGUAUCCAGGAGCAGCGACUGCGUGAUGAACUAGCGGACCUCAAAGUGGAAACGCAUAUUACCCAGGAGAAGCUACGAAAGGCAGAAGCAGCUCUGGAACGAAAGGCAAAACUAUCGUUGCUGGAUUCCAGUUCUGCGAACGGCCAUCGCAUGGAUGCGGCGGACCAUUCGCCUGCAACGACUGCCUCUUCUCCCAUCGCUACACCUCUUACCAAGUCGGCGUCCUCUGUUGCAUCAGAGAUCGCUACUCCUCCAUCACCACCCUUCUCCGAGUCCUCCACGAACGGGGCCUUUAGAGGAGGCACCCCGAACAUGCCUCGAUCCCGCAUCUCUCUGUCUGACUCUACUUCGAUGCCCAAACACCAGAAGUCGCAGUCACGGUCCUCUCGACAUUCUCGUGUGCCAUCUGUAUCUAUGAGCAGCACCACAGGCCGUUUGACCCCAUCUACUGGCCGCCGCACCACCUCCAAUGGUCUCCCUAAAUCAGCUUCGCUGCACCAGAUUCGCGGCCUGAUUGGGAAGAUGCAGAAACUCGAGGAGCGCGUACAGUCCGCACGCUCUCGAUUACCGGCACCGGUCGACACACCGCCUCGCGUAUCCCCGCGUACCAACUCCGCCAUGGGCCAGUCCUAUAUAUCGUCGUCGGUUACGGUACGUAGCAACAGGAAGCGAUCCAACGGCAGCGUGGCGAGCUCCAAGGACCAUGAACCUAUUACCCCCCUUUCCCGACUACCACAGGGUCGAGGUUCCUUUGGCGGUCCUCCGCCAGGUCAAUCCACCCCCUCACGACCAAGCAGUCGCACAAGCAUGUCGUCACGGUGCUCUAUUAACUUGACAUCGUCGAGCGGCGUCGCACAACCCCGACCAGAAUCUCGCCAGAACCUAAACGGCUCCCGCACCGCGCUGGGACAUUAUUCCAGCAACUCGCUCAACAUGAGCAUGUCCAGCAUACCCGACUCCCACCACCACUCGACGAACAGCAGCAGCAGCAUGAGUGGUGGCAUCCGCCGUCCUCGCUCCUCACUAAGCAACUACAACCCAUCCGCGAGCAUGUCAUAUAUCGACGAAGACAACGCCGAGUUGGACCUGAGUAUGCACACGCCCACACCGCGACGAUACGACAGCAUCGGAUCCGGCGGCUCGAUCCCCACCCCUGCAGGCCUGAAGAGGAGACCGAGUGGCGGUAUGUCCUCGAUACCCACGCCGGCCACCCUGACACCACGACGGACGAGCUCGGCACUCGGAAGGAGAGAAGGCGAUAUGCCUCCGCCGUCGACUGGUAGGAAGAAGUCGACUGUCGGGCCUCGACCUUCCUCGUCCCUGGGGAGCCUGGGAGAGACAUAUUAA